UACAGAGAUCAAUGCUGAGAGACAGCUGCUGACUGAGACAGGAGAAAGAGGAGGGGUGGGGGUGGUGGUGGAGGGGAGAGCGGCAGGAGUUAAACAAAAGGUGAGGACUUCAAACAGAACAGGGGCUAGAGGCGUAGGGCGAGACGGUGCUCGCUGACUGAGGUUGCCUGGGGAGACGAAAUAGUAAAUUAUUGUUCUUUGCUGUUCGCCACGGCUGCCGAACACAGCCCUGCUUCCACUGCCGGUUGUUUGAGUGCGGCGCUCCUGUUCGGCCCCCGUCUCGACUGAGUCUCUGACAGAAGCGUAACCUGUCGGGGAGGGGGGGCCUCGUUAGAGCAUAAUACGUCUUGCGCCGGGAAUGGCUCUCAGAUCCAGACGACGAAGGUGCCACUCCCUCUCGGACGGUUCUGAAGAGGCCAAUGGGCCACAGCUGGAGCCGGAACCAGAGGACCUAGACUGGGAUAACUUUAGCAUGACCCUGCAGGAGCGCUUGGCAGCUCCCGUUGCCUCCCUCCCUUCCCCUCCCCACCAGGAACAGGGGAGCCUGCAGGACACGGAGCAGCGCUGCUCUCAGCUGGCCAAGGCCAAGCGGGAGCUUGAGGCCCAGGUGGCGGGGCUGAGCGAGCGUCUGGAGGAGGAGGAGGGCUGCGCGGCCCAGCUGGCAGUGCAGAAGCACCGGCUGGAAGCUGAGUGCUGCAGUCUGAGGCGCGACCUGGAGGAGCUGGAGAACACGCUCAGCACUGUGGAAAGGGAUAAACAGUCUUUAGACUCAAACAUCCGCAAGCUGUCCGAGGAGCUUUCCCAGAGGGAGGAAAUUGUACUAAAACUACAGAAGGAGAAGGAACACCUGGUGGAACUCAGCCAGCAAGCCAUUGAAGACUUGCAGUCUGAGGAGGAGAAAGUAAACCUCUUAACCAAAGAGAAAACCAAGUUACAGGUGCAGGCAGAAGAGCUGCAGUACCUGCUGGAGCAGGAGAGGAAGCAGAGGAGUGACCUGGAGAAAAGCCGCAAGAGGCUGGAGGGGGACAGCAAGGUGACCGUAGAGAGCCUCGGCGAGAUGGAGAAAAUGAAGACCAGCUUGGAGGAGGUCAUCAAGAGGAAAGAUCAAGAGAUAAAUGCCACCAGCAGCAAGCUGGAGGAGGAGGAGGCUCUGAAUGUCAGCCUUCAGAGGAGGAACAAGGAGUUCCAGGUGCGUAUUGAGGAGCUGGAAGAAGAGUUGGAGACAGAGAAAGCCAUGAGGGCAAAGGUGGAGAAGCAGCGCUCUGAUUUGACUCGGGAACUGGAUGACUUGACUGACCGGCUAGAGGAGGCUGGAGGAGCCACUGCUUCCCAAAUGGAAAUGAACAAGAAGCGUGAGGCGGAGCUGCAGCGUCUGCGGAGGGAGCUGGAGGAGGCCUCCCUGCAGUCAGAGGCUCUGGCGGCCACGCUGAGAAAGCGCCACGGAGACGCGUUGGCGGAGCUCGGGGAGCAGUGCGAGAGCCUGCAGAGGACCCGCGCCAAGCUGGAGAAGGACAAGCAAAACCUUCGCCUGGAAGUGGAGGACCUGGCAGCCACUGUGGACAACCUCCAGAAGGCCAAGGCCUCUAGUGAUGCCCAGCUGAGGAAGCUGGAAGACUUUCUCUCUGAAGCCAACUCCAGGAAUGAGGACCUGCAGAAGGCGCUGACUGAGAUGAAUGUUGCCAAGAACCGGCUGACAGCUGAUAACAGCGACCUAAGCCGUCAGCUGGAGGAGGCCGAGAACAGGGCUGGUCAGACGGGCAGGGUGAAAACCCUGCUGUCGUCUCAGAAUGAAGAGCUCAAGAAGCAGCUGGAGGAGGAGAUAAAGUCGAAGAUGGCCCUGAGCAGCAGUCUGGGCACUCUGAGGCAGGACUGUGAACUCUUGAAAGAGCAGCUGGAGGAAGAGCAGGAGAGCAAGCUGGAGCUGCAGCGCUUGGUCUCCAAGCUCAACAGUGAGGUCACACACUGGAGAACACGCUACGAGGCCGACGCCAUCCAGCACACAGACGAGCUCGAGGACGCAAAAAAGAAGCUGUCAUCUCGACUUCAGGAGGCCGAAGAAGCAGUGGAGGCGACCCAGGCCAAGUGCUCUAGCCUAGAGAAGACCAAACAGAGACUGCAGGGAGAGGUGGAGGACCUCUGCAUGGAUCUAGAGAAGGCCAACAGCUCGGCAACAAUGCUGGACAAGAAGCAGAAGGUGAUGGAGAAGCAGCUCUCGGACUGGAGACAGAAGUGCGAGGACCUGGUGGUGGAGGUGGAGGGCUGCCAGAAGGAGAGCCGGCAGCACGCCACUGAGCUCUUUAAGCUGAAGACGGCCUACGAGGAAGCACUGGAGCAGGGAGAGGCCCUGCGCAGGGAGAACAAAGCCUUCCAGGAGGAGAUAGCUGAUCUUACAGACCAGCUUGCAGACGGAGGGAAGAGUGUCCAUGAGCUGCAAAAGGCUAGGAAGAAGAUGGAAAUGGAGAAGGAGGAGCUGCAAGCAUCACUUGAGGAGUCUGAAGCAGCACUGGAGGCGGAGGAGACCAAGGUAUUGCGACUACAGCUGGAGUUAUCCCAGGCAAAGGGAGAUUUGGAGCGCAAGCUGCAGGAGAAGGAGGAGGAGUUUGAGGGAGCCAGAAAAAGCCACCAAAGGGCCCUGGAGUCCCUGCAGGCGAGCCUGGACGCUGAGGUGAAAGGGCGCACGGAGGGAGCUCGGGUGAAGAAAAAGCUGGAGGGCGAUGUCAAUGAGCUCGAGCUCCAGGUAGAUCUGCUGACCAAGAAUAAUGGGGAGCUGAUGAAGACCAUCAAGAAGAUGCAGCAGCAAAUCAAGGACCUCCAGGCUCAGAUGGAGGAGGAUUCCCGGCAGCACGAGGAGAUGCGGGAGGAGCACUCUCUCCUGGAGCGCCGCUGCACCCUGCUGGUGAGCGAGGGCGAGGAGACGCGCGCAGGCCUGGAGGCCGCCGAGCGAGCCCGCAAAGCCCUGGAGACAGAGCUGCUGGAGAUGACGGAGAAGUACAACGAGAUCAACAGCCAGUUCCAGUCAGCCACCAGUGGGAAGAGGAAGCUUGAGGCAGACUUGCAGCAGCUGACUCAGGAGCAUGAGGAGCUACAUGUUGAGUUGCGGGCGGCCAAUGACAAGGCCAAGAAAGCCACUUUUGAGGCUGCCCGGGUGGCGGAGGAGCUGCGGCACGAGCAGGAGCACACGCUGCACCUGGAGAGAGUGAAGAAGGGCCUGGAGGCGCAGGUCAAGGACAUGACAGUGCGGCUAGAUGAGGCUGAGCAGCUGGCCCUGAAAGGUGGCAAGAAAAUAAUCCAGAAGCUGGAAGGCAAGGUGAAGGAACUGGAGUUGGACCUGGACACCGAGCAGAAGCGGCACGCCGAAACAGUGAAGACGCUGCGCAAGAACGAGCGGCGCCUGAAGGAGCUUCUCUUCCAGUCGGAGGAGGACCAGAAGAACCAGCAGAGGAUGCAAGAGCUGGUGGAGAGGCUGCAGAACAAAAUGAAGGCCUACAAGAGACAAGUGGAAGAGGCGGAGGAGCAGGCCAACAUGAAUCUGGCAAAGUACAGGAAGAUGGUCCAUGAGCUGGACGAUGCAGAGGAGAGGGCCGACAUAGCUGAAUCAGCACUCACCAAGAUCAGGACCAAGAACAGGGGGAGUUUUGGCAAGGGGUACUCCUCUGGUUACAGCACUCCCUUCACCGGUGUUGUCAGGUCACCCAGUUCUGUGGGUUCAGAGGGCAGAGGAGAGAAGAUCAUCAACGAUGACGAUUCAGUCAGCUCUCUCAUCCCUGCCUAUCUUAACUCACUGAAGAAGCUCAUGAUUGAGUGAGACACUCUGCACUGUGCAAUCUGCACAGAUAACUUGAUCCAAUAAGUACAAAGCAUUCCAGCUGGAGAAAAAUCAAAGACUUAUAUAUACAUUUGCAUUUAUUUUUAAAUGUUGUUUUUACUCAUGAUUUUACAGAAAAUCCUAAUUUAGUUGUGGUUAGGUUAAACAGAAUUCUUCAAAAUAGUUUUUUUUUACUUCAUGUGCCAUUUUCAAUUUAUAUAUAAUGCAGAAAUCAAACAAUGAUAUAUAACUAUAUAGAACGGAAAGGUUCAUUGGAGCAGGGGGCAGACUCAGUUAAAGAUAUCAACAACAGCAAUAACUCUGAACAAAUCUCAGCAAAACUAAAAUAUUAGUUUCCUUUAUGGACAUGAAAAGCAUUUUCUAAAACACACAGAAGAGUGCCCCAUUUUUAAUAUACAGUAUACAAUUUGACAUAACUAUAUCAAAGGUUCAAUGGGAAGCUCAUAUAUAACACAUUGGUCCCUGAAAUGUGACAGGUGGAAAAAUUAAAAUAACUUACUAUAUUGACUACAGUUUAGUUCUAUGAAGCGGAAAGUGGGGAGAGGUUGCUUCAGUAUUUACGUGACAGCACAGAUCAUUGUACUUUCAUUCCUUACUUAUGAGAAAAGGUGAACAUAAUAAAAGUGCAUACAGUGUUGUGAACUAAAGUAACUUUGUGAGGGCUCUAUGUUUGAGCAAUGUCAUGGAAAUGAAGUCUUAAUUGAACAAGUCAGUCAUAUUGUGGGCAGCAGUAAAACUGAGAUGGUGACAUACUAAUCAUUUAUUGAUGUAGAACAAGUACAUGAAUGGUUUUUCGUCCUUGUAUCAUCAGCAGAUUAAAGGGAUUGCCAAAGUACAUUAAUGCAGGAUCCAAAACAUGUUUUAUGAUGGAUUGUGAUCUUUUAAAAUAAUAAAAUAUUUUACACCAUCUUUUAAACCGUUUUUGAUAUUAACACUAUCCAUGCCUCCUUUUCG